CAAAAGCUCAGCUGAUACCACUGGCUGAAUGACGUCUCCCUCGCCGCGACAAAACUUUGACAGCUGAGUUGCAAAGCAAAGCGCGCGAACCGAGUGUAACAAAAAUAUGAAUUUUAUCAAAUCUACCCUGUAAUUAACAAAAUAUUCAAUGAAUAUUAAUGUGUUAUCCCUAAAAUAGUUAAUUUAUCGUCGACAUAUUGCUUAACCAACGUUUUCACACGAGAAAUUAGUUGUUCGUACAUCGAAAAAAACUUUGUCGCAUUGUGAACUUUUUUAGUUGAAAUAUAUUUGGAUUGUGUUGACAAUGGCUGUUUCAGGGCCUGAGAAAGGGCAUGGAGAUUAAUAACAGAAAACUUCAAAAUCAACUCUGGGAACAACGGGACCAAACGGAAACAGGAAGAGGCGAACUCCCUCAACUACAGACUUAAAAUGAACCCGCAUUCAUUAGACUUCAACAAGUCACCACACAGCCCACAGAACAAGCGACGGAUACUCGGAGAAAUAGAUAACAUAUACAGUAUAAAGACUUCAUUGUUCAAACCAAAUUCGCCAUUGGACAGGCUAAAAUCGCCCUUAGGUGAUAUCAGGCCGCUACCCAUUUCUCCUUUAGCUUACAACUCGCCCGUACUCAGCCCUAAACCAAGCCCCAAGUUGACCCCAAGGUCCUUAGACGUUUACAACGUAGCCCAAAACAUAUUGGACAGACCUUCACCGCUCACAAGCAAGUCGGUGAGAAAUAGGAGGCUUAAGAGGGUAUUUGAAGAGCGCACAAGAUUCAAAAUGUCUAAUAAGGAGAACUGUGGUCCUCCGAUGGCAGAGACCUUCUUGAAGUUGGAUGUGGAGGAGGAGACCAGGGAUUGUUCGUUCGGAGGGUUUCAGUCAACAAGAGAGACGGAGAAAUGGUCUAAUACUAAGCUGGAUUUCUCAAACCUCCAGUCAACUCUCCAAACAGAUAUCAAAGAAUCCUUCGUGCCAGAGAAAGAAAUGGAACCUAUUGAUGACUUCGAAACCCUCCAUGAUCUAGAAGAGGAAUUUGAUGCGGACAAUUUUGAUACUUGCACUAAAUACGAGAUCAUAUCUACAGAUAGUCCAAACAUCAUCUCUAGAGGACGGCCAUCUACUUCAAGGAAAGUUAAUUCAAAGGACUUCAUGUUUGGAGCUCCGUUAGCUGAGAAUGAACCCUCAACUUCCUUCAAUAGGCCGACAACAGCCACAAGGAUGCUUAACUUCGAAGAAGAAGAUUUUGAAUUCACAUCACCGGCCAUCAAGAAGACUUUAGUGAAAAAAUCUUUGAAAUUCAACGAAACACCAACAAAAAAUCCGUUGAGACAUGAGAAAAGCGACUCUAGCAUCGGCUCUAUGAAUUCAAUUUCCCCUGCAUCGUCUAAGCUAAGAUUGUAUACUUCAGAAUCAACCACUUCUAUGGAGAGCGGUUUCAUUUCUGAAUUAGAGGAACCUUUUUUGGAAAUAGAAGAAUCGAUCUCGCCUAAAAUUGCAAACAUAGAUGAUCUACUGUCGGGGCAAAUUAAGAAUAACAUUAUAGCGGAGAAAAGGAAAGGGUUGAACCGCAGUUUAAGUUUCAAUCCAGAAUGCAAGGCCCGGGUAUCUCUAUUCUCUAUUAAGGAAAGCCCGCAGAAGAGAUGCAGUAAGAGAACGGAAGAGAGUGGGUUAGAAGUGGCUACUAAGAGGCGGAAGUCAAGUACACAGAAUCCUAGCAUUGAGAAAAUUCAAAGACCAGUUUUACAAAGAGCGUUCUCGGAGAACAAUGCUUCCAUCAUGUCGGCCUUGGCUAGAUCGGCUGCAGAACCGGACCUGAUCGGUGAUUUCUCCCUGCCGUUCGCUUUGCCACUCACGAGCGGCGAGCACUCCGAUCUGAAGAGUAUAUCUUGCGAGACGCUGGCGGGACUCCUCAGGGGGGAGUACGAGGACUCCAUUAGUGAAUUCCAGGUUAUUGACUGCCGCUACCCCUACGAGUACGACGGCGGACACAUCCUCGGAGCUGUGAACCUGUACACCCAGGAUCAAGUCCUGGACCUGGUCAACAAGCCACUACAGCCUCGCGAGGACGAAGCCAAGCGGCGGAUACUGGUGUUCCACUGCGAAUUCUCGCGCGAGCGUGGGCCUAAGCUAUCCCGCUUCCUCCGGUCUUCAGACAGGGAACAAAAUAAGGAGAACUAUCCCUGCCUCCACUACCCGGAAGUGUACCUUCUCCACGAGGGUUACAGGUCUUUUUAUCAAAAAUACCCGGAUCUAUGCUCGCCAGCCGGAUAUACCGCCAUGUUGGACCCCCAGCACCGACAUUUGCUAAGGAAGCACCGAUCUGUCUCCCAACCCACGUCUACUCACAUCAGAAGGAAUAGACUACUAUUGUAAUAGCGGUCUACUCAAAAGACUAGCGGUCUACUCAAAUGAUCGACUGUGCAAGGUGCUGUAAUGAUGUCGUUCACUAAGAUUUCAAUAGUAAAAGUAUAUAACGUCAUGGUUUCUCAUGGUCUUCUGAAAAGACCGACGGUCUACUCAAAAGACCGACUGUAAAAGGUGCUGUAAUGAUGUGGUCUAUUAAUAUUUCUGUUGUAAAAGAAUAAAAGCCGUGAUUUCUCACGGUCUUCUGAAAAGACUAAGUCUAUCGUGGUUGAUAUCGACUGUUUUAUGUGAUUGAAUGAAGACUGUGCUUGAUCUAUUGAAAAGACCAUGGUCUACGGAAAAGACCACAAUUUGGUCUAUUAGACCACGGUCUACUCAAAAGACCAUUUUCCUACAUCAUGAGUCCAAAUUUCACAGUCAUAUUUGUAUUAACUGUAAAUAUAGGUAAGAAAAUAUAUGCCAUAUAAUAUUAAGUUUUUAGUACAAAGAUAAUUAGUUUAAUACGGUAUCCCACCUAUAGUAUAAUGCAAUUAUAUCUGGUCUUAUCGCCGGAAAGGCCAUUAAUAGUCGGAAUUAAGUGCCAUUUUACUAGUGGCCACAUUAGGUGUAUUGACUUCGAAAUUUUAGCACUAGUAGUUUAGAAUGUUCAUGAUUUGCAUGAUAAAUAAAAUAUUACUCCUUUGUUCGUAGACGUUAUUUAUCUAAGGACGGAGCAUUGCUGUGAUAUCUAGUCUGUUUCUCAGUGCUGACGGCAUGGCAGCCUUCGCAGUGUGUAGACAUAGGGCCGUUGUGAUUGGCUAAUAUUGAGAUACAACUUGAAUCUAGUUGGCUGUCAGAUAAACAAAGCUGAGAAACAGACUUGUUUCACAGUUUUACUCCGUCCUUAGAUAAAUAACGUCUAUGAAUAAGAGGGUUAGUUUAUAGUUCUACUGCUGGCCAUCCACCACGCUGGACUAGUGCGGGUAGACUUCACAUGCCUUCGAAAUGUUUCGGAUAUUAAAAAGAUGUGAAUUCGGAAUUCAAAAAUGUAUUUCAUAUCAUUUUUAAAUAAGGAACACUAACAGCGUUCUUUUUUCAAAUAAACUAUAGAUUAAUUUUGAAUUUUUGUUACUGGCCGAAAUUGUAAUGUAAAAAAUAAAAUAAUUAUGUGAAGUUGUUCACUACUAGUGCCAUGUCCAUUACUAGUUCAUCAAAUUAAAAAAGGCGAGGUGAGGUCGUCUACAGAAGCGUCACAGCCUUCGAAAUAAAAAGCCAUGUUGAACUUAGCUUUAAAUAGACAAUGUGCCGUUUAUUCCAAAAAAAAUGUGUAAAUAUUAGUUCGUAGGCCUUUAGGAGUAAAAAUUAUGGCCAGAUUUAGCCGUUAGGUUAGUUUAUUUUUAAUUCGUUCCUUGUGGGCAAAAGAAUGACCAUACAGCCAAGUUUAUUUUCGAUGAAAUUAUUAAAUUCUUCAAGUACAAUUAAUUAUUUGUCUUAUUCUUUAAACUAAAAGUAAAGCAUAUUCUGUUCUUCGUCUUUAAUCUUCAAAUACGUAUGAGGCUGUAUGGGCUGUUUCCUUUGCAUUCAUCCGAUAAAAAAGUAAUUACUAAUGGUGCACUGCCACAUUCUAAUUAAGUAAAUUUAUUUUCUUUUAGACUACACGGCAUUUAUUUUAUUCUAAGUUAAUUAUUUGGUGAAAUUUUAUUAACUACGGUCAUCGGCUUGCCUAAUCUCUAACCGAGGUUUACAAUAAACGAUCCCGAUUUGAAUCUUCAAUCCGAUCCGAGAAUGAACCUAUCAGUCAUUAUAACCAGGUCAAAUACCCUUUUUUUGGAUUGGUCUAUUUUUGAGAUGGAUUGAAAAUCGAUUGGAAUUGUUCAUUGAAAACGGCUGAAGCUAGUUUCAGGUCUGUAAAAGUAGCUAAAGUAACCCCGAGUUGCUACUGUAGUUUAGGCAAAGUAACAGUAAAAUUGACUUGUUACUAAGAAACGUCGUAAUUUUAACUAGGCGACUUAGGUAAACUUAGGCGACUUAGGUAAACUUAGGUGACUCUUAGGUAAACUUAGGCGACUUAGGUAAACUUAGGCGACUCUUAGGUAAACUUCGGCGACUUAGGUAAACUUAGGCGACUCUUAGGUAAACUUAGGCGACUUAUGUAAACUUAGGAGACUUACAACUGAUGUUAAAUGGUCCCAAAUGGUAUCUGAUUAUAAACAAAUAAAAUAUCUAAUCAUGUUUAAACUGUAUUGAUUGGUCAAUUUUCAUGAUGGAUCCGAAGGUGACGUUUGGGACCAUUUGUAAAUAUCAGCCCUUAGGGUCCAAGCUUGUUUAUACGCGCGUCGUCCGCGCGUACACGAGCCAUACUUCACUCCUAACUAGGCGACCUAGGUGAUUCGCGCUGAUUAUUUUAGGCGACUUGCGUUUUGGUUACUUGAAAGGAAUUAUACUGCCGUGCUAAGCGCAAAAGCGGUAUGUCAGGGAAACAUUAUUUCGAGAUAAUCAAAGUUUUGUAAAUAUAGAUUUGUAUGUAAAACUGAGAUAGAGAAACUCUUUAAAAGAUUUUUAACAAGUUCUAAACAAGAUACCGCUAUUUAGGUAAGUUCAUUGGAUGGGUAUCUCUUUAAGCUAUCUGACGACAUAAAAAGCAAGAUUUUUUUUUGAGAUACCGCUUUUGAGCUUAGCACGGCAGUAUAGGCGACUUAGGUCACACUAGGCGACUUGGUCACGGAGCGACUUAAUCUUAGGCGACUUACACUAGAUUAGGGCAGUACGUGUUUAGCAUCAGUUUUAGAUGAGUAGUUUUGUCAUUAGAGAGGAAAAUUGAUAUUAUUGGAAUAGGCGGGUUAGUUGAAGUUGAGAUCUAAUAUAGAGCGGAUAUUGAAAAGACUGUCAUACAAAAUUGCGCUCAUGCGAUGGUUCAAUCUACCGUUAAAUAGCAAAACAUCAAUGUAAAAUACUUCAUGUUUUUCCACAUCAUGAUUUGCACUUUUUUAAUGCGAAUAUUAGCAUAUUCUGUAAAUAUUUUUGUAUUAAUAUAUAAGGACGCUGCGACAUCUUGUCCCACAGAUAUUUCAAACAAGACUUAUUACCAAUAGAAUAACUUGCAGCACAAAUUAGGUUUCAACAAGCGAGAAUAUUUUCUUUUUGAAGAUAGGAAGCGAGUCAUUAAAUAUGUCAAUACAAUCAUAUUUUUAUACAAUUCGGUUAUAUAAUCCGUUAAUUAAUCCGAAAAGGAAUCCCACACAACAUAUAGGUAAUAAUAGUUAGAUUCUAAAUAAAGAGAAGCAGGAAUCCGUUUAUAUGGAUCCUUUGCCACUAGUUUUGUGAUCUUAGGCGUGUUGGUUGAUCUAGGUAUGUAUGAUAACGCUAGAGAAAGGAUUUGAUGUUAAGCGUAUGAGUAUAAUAUAAGGAUGUUAUUUUCUGACGCUAGAAGUGUGUCAAGCUAGUGUUAUUUAGUGAAGUUAGAGUUUUUGACGCGUUAGUAUAAUUUCGUGAAAUGUUGAACUAGCUUACUGUAGGCGACUUAGAGUUAGAGCUAGGCAAGCCAAUGACGCCAGUGCAAAAUUGUAUAACUUCAAAAAAUUUUAAAUUGCAAUAUUAACAAUACGCUUGGACUAAUUUAGUUUUAAGGGAGAUAUAUUUUUUAUUUCGAUUAAACUAGUUUUGCGUACUUGAUUGCCUUAGUAUUGGAAUAGUUAUUUUAGGUUUUGUAGCUGUUUUUAUCUACUGCAGUUUUGGACCAUUCCGAGUAAAGUGUUCUUAUAAGUACUUUUGAAUGGUUUAUUGGGAUCGAAUUGAGGAUUAUGGUUGGGUUCGUUUAUUGCAAACUGCGGUUACUCUAUAUACAGCCUCAGAUCUGAAAAGUAAGUCAGAAUAAUAAAAUUCUGAAAAAAAAAAUUGACGCGGUUAUUUUGAAAUUCGACAUAAUGUUUAAUUAUAAAAGUUUGUCAUGUAUUUUUUUUAUCAAGUUUUGUAAGUAGAGAGUAAAUGUUCAUAUAUUUUCGGAAAAAUCGUGAAAAAUUUAUUUUUUGAAAACUUUUAUAACCUGAUUCAGAUCUUUUCGUCUUAAAUAAUCUAUAAAUAUAAUAAAAUCGUAGGUGUAUCGUGUAUAUUAAAUAUUUUUAGAAAAAUAAUUAAGAGGCGAGGAAUAGGUCGAAUGCCAUAUAAACCAAAAAUAUGUUAAAUAGAUAUCUUCAAAUAAAAAAAUCUCGAUAAUGAUUCCCUAUGUUAACGCGAAUGUUAGACAUUGACAUAACAUAUUUUUUUUUUUCGCGGUUUUUUAUAUUAAAAUAAUUUAUUUUUGGGAACAAAGGAAACAAAAUAUGAAAAUCCGCGAUAAAAUCCGAAUAGGUUUUUUUUUCUAAAUAUUAAAUUGCGUUACUAAACAUUUCGACUGUACUCAAACUAUAUUUCAUUUUUAUAAAAAAACUAAAUAACUCAAUUUUUUCUUCACUAUCUCAAGCACUUUCGUCGUACGCAAUAAUCAUAAGUGUUUUUAUAGAAAAAAAAUACGAAAAAAACUUUUUUUUUCUCCAACGACAGAUUAUGAACUCGAGAUAUCUUGAAGCGAAAAAGUAUAGUUUAUGUAAAAUAUAAUAGAACUAUCAUUAGUACAGUAAUAUCUUAAGUUACAAAUAGGGUUUUAUAAACCAUUUUUUUUAAUAAAUUAAGCCUUCUAUCACAUCAUGGGACGGAAUAUGCAAAUUAGCGCAUCUAUCUACCCCAUCGUGAUGUGUCUAAUUAUAACCUAACCUAACCUCACUAGAAAACAUAGAUGAUUUAGCUUGACCAGAAAAAUAAUACACCUCCAUAUAAAAUAUUGUAAUGACAACUUUAAAAAAAAAAGCAAAAAUGGCGCCUCCAAAGGUUUUUUUAUUUUUCCGAUCAAGGUAUAAUUUAAUACCUUAUUUUUGUAACCGCCUGUAUAUAGUAGUAGUGUUUUAAUCACAUUAAAUCGUAGUUUCGUUUCUUUAUAUUAAGUCGACAAAGGAUUGGACUUGGAAUUUUUUGCAAUAGUUUUAUACCUAUUUGGUCUCACAAAUUUUUCGUUUUUUUUUUUAUUUUAUUUUUCACAAUGUCGCUUAACAAAAUUUUUGGCGUUUAAACAUCGAAAUAUUUUUGGAAAAUAAUAACGGGCGCGACUUUAACCGUCGUUUCAUUAAAUACUAUUAUAAUACUAAGGUAAUUGUUGUUCAUAGUGUGAUUAUUAAGAUUGGUACUACAGCUCUGUCUGGAAACUAAUUUCGGAUACGCGUAUAUUGAGUAAUACUUAGCCCGGUUGUGCUCGUUAUGGCGAUAUAUUCACUCUCUAAUGGGCCGGAAUAUACGAAAACUGCCUACCCCGUUGAGGCUAAGGCGUGUGUAUUCACUUUUUAACAUAGAUUUCCCCUAUAUUGGCAGUUGAAAGGCUAUUUGUUUUAAGCGCCUUUUUUUGCGACACAAGUUUAAUACAUAUUUGAAAUCAGCAGUUUUUUCCAUAUUUUUUUAAACUACAGUAGAAACCGAUUAUAACGACUCCGGCUGUAGUGACGCAUCGGUUAAAGCGACUAAAUAGUAAGGUAUAUUUAUAUAAAUAUAUAUAAAAAGCGAUUUUAUAACGACUAUCGGAUAUAUCGUCCAGUCAGUGAUCCCUUCGAAGUCGCUAUAACCAGUUUUCACUGUAGUUAAAUUUUUUCGAAAAAAAUGCCGCUUACGUCAACAAGGCUUUCAAAUUUUGAUAUGAUGUUUGUGUUAUACAGCGUGUGUAAUGUUCAAAAUUAUGGGUAUUUUAAUUAUUGUAUCUAGAGCGAAGUUUGAAUUAGCAAGAAUACUUGAAAGUCUUGUGACGUCACUGCACCUGAGGGUAAAAUGAGGUCCAAUAAUGACUAACGAGAGAUUACCCCUCAGUCGACACAAUUAUGUCUGUUGGAUAUACACAGGCUGAUCCUGGAACGCUACACUUUCCACUAUGGGUUUUAACACCAUGUGUAUAGUCGCUUACGGGCGAAUAUAAAAUAUGUUCUAUCAAAACAGAAUCGGGAAGUUGCGCAAUAUGUUGCAGCAAGAACUUGCUAGUCUGAACUAAGCAAUACUGGCACAUGUACAUAAUCUUAAUAUCACUAUGAAAAGCUGAAGUACGUCAAACAAUUCAAUACGCUUACUAGUUAUAAAUAUGUAAAUAAUUAGUGUAUUUUAGUUUAAAAUUAUGUUAAUUUUUAUUGAUGUUUAUGACUUGUACAUUUUAAUAGGACAUAAUUACUUAUACAGUAUGUUCCAAUAAUGAGGUAUUAUUUUGUACAAGUCAUAAAUAUUUUUUUGACUACAAUAAAAGUCUAUGGUGUCUUAUUUUUGGUGUAAAAAAUGGAUUUUAUUUCUUUUCGGAUUUAGAAAUUAUAUCUUUGGCGUUUAAAUAAACUAAUAUAUAAAUAUAUCUUAGAAUAUUUGAUUUGUAAUUAAGUUGAAAUAAAUUAUGAAAAUAUA